UCGUGGAGAGUCGGCCCCAAAGCAGGGCGGCUGCACCCCAAGCGUAUCUAAUAUCGCCCUUUCUGCUCUCUUCAGGAGGUCCGUGAGAUGACCAAGGUCCUUCACACCGGCAGUCGUGGCAAAAGUGGCAGGAGCAGAGCACACCAGCUGGGCGUCGGUGAAUUGGGUGCAGCACGGAUCAAUGAGAAGAACCGUGUUGCCGAUGAGACACUUAAAUACACCACCGGCUGCCAGUUGUUUGCACUGCAGAGCCACAAGGUCCACGCUCCCACAGUCCAUCGCUUACUGCCCUUCAUCAAGUCCAUCAGUUUACUCUCACUAAACUCACCCGCAAUCCACCAUGAAGCUCUCCCUGCUUUCCCUCGCCGUGCUCACUGGUGCUCUCGCAGCACCUUCUCCUGUUGCCGACCCCGAGGCCUUCCCCAUCUCUGAAGUCCCACGCGGCAUCUCUGUUGAGGACCACGCUCUCUCCAAGCGCCAGUACAGCAGCAGCAGCUACAACCAACUCACCGAUGGAACUGCCUGCCGCGCCAUUAGCGUGAUCUACGCUCGUGGAACCGGACAGCAAGGCAACGUUGGCGACUCUGCAGCCGUUGGCCCCCUGUUCUUCAACCAGAUUGCCAGCCGUGUUGGAGGAACCAGCCGACUCGCUAUCCAGGGCGUCACAUACUCAGCAAGUGUAGGCGGAUUUUUGCAGGGCGGUGAUGCUACAGGCAGCACGACCAUGACGAAUCUUAUCAGCAGCACCGCAACCCGCUGCCCCAACACCAAGAUUGUUCUUGCUGGUUACUCCCAGGGCGCACAGCUCGUGCACAACGCCGCUGUCCGCACCUCGGCGGCCAACGCUGCGAAGGUCGCUGCCGUCGUCGUUUUCGGUGACCCAAAGCGCGGCCAGUCUUUCGGUUCAAUCGCUUCGUCCAAGACACUCACCAUCUGCCACACCGGCGACAACAUCUGCCAGGGUGGCUCUUCAAUCACAGCUGCGCACUUGAACUACCAGCAGGAUGCUGGUACCGCGGGAGCGUUCGUUGCAGGAAAGGUCUAAGUAUUGACCGUAGCUAGUUUAUUGUUCUAAUGUGGAUA